AUUAAAGACCCAAGUGGACCAGCAGGGAAUCACUUUUCCAUUCUUCUACUGAAUCCAUUGAAUGCAGAUGUUUCUGUUUCUGUCAAAAAUGCUUCAUUCAGGGUAACUCCACCUCCUGAGGGAAAAGCCCUUGAGGUAGUAGUAGAAUUUCUCCUAUCUGCUGAUCCCAUGGCUAUUGCAAAAAUCUCUGUCUAUGAUGAAGAGGCAGUGAAAAAACCAUCCUCUGCAAAUCCUGUGGUUAGAUUUGUGUCUUUUUUAGAAGGAAAUCUGCAUGAAAAAAUAUUCUUGAGAGAUGAAAAUAACAAAGAUGAGUUAACCCUGACUCUUGACCUUGGUGACUACAAAACCAUGAUUGGAAACUAUGCUGAAGUAAAA